AGGAAACAAACUUCACGGUCUAAUUUUAGGUGUUUUGAGGCUUCCGAAUACAAACUGUUUUAAAACAUUUUUGUAGAACAUUCUGCAUUUGAAAUGCCUUUACUUUGUGGAGGAACUACCGAAGCAAAAGAUGCCAAUGAAGAAGUGCAAAAAAUUUGCGAUCAGAUAAAGUCUCAUGCCGAGAGUAAAGCUGGACGGAAGUGUGAUGUUUUUAUCGCCAAAUCUUAUAAAACACAACUUGUUGCGGGGACAAAUUACUUCAUCAAGGUGCAUGUAGGUGGAGAUGACUUUAUUCAUCUACGUGUUUAUAAAACCCUGCCAUGUUAUGGAGAAACAUUAACUCUACACGGCGUGCUGACACCCAAGGCGCAUCAUGAUCCAAUUGAAUAUUUCGAGCCAAAUCUCGAGAUAGUUCCCCAGUCACAAUGAGUAUUUCCCACAGGAACUCAACAUGCAUUACUCAUGAUGACACUGUGUGUAUAACCAUCAUGUAACAACAUCUACUACAAGUUUUUGUCAAAAUGUCUAGUAUGUGUUUCCUGAUAACAAUCCAAAGAGGACCCUCCCUAUCCCAUGCUGGAGUGAAACUAGAGCUACAAUAAACUGGUUGUGAAAAGAACUUUCUCUAAAUAUUAGCUGUAUUGUUUACAUAGCUUUUAAAUUCAUUUUCCCAUAAUACAAAUCUUGUCAUUAAUCUCAGAUGUCUAAGCUUUUCCCAUUUCUUGAGUUAACGCAUUACCAGUUAAAUCUGCAAUUUACUUUUAAGGGUGUGGGGAUUUGCCACCUAAAAAAACCUUUUUCCGAGCAUUGAGGUAUGAGGGUAACAUGUGAAGCUCAAACCAUUUUAAGUGUAGAGACUUUUAAAAAAUAAACACAGACAA